AUGUCGUCUAUAUCAAACAGCCACGACAGCAGCAGCAGCAGCAGCAGCAGUAACGGUAUAGGUAACAAUGACAUACUACACAAACUAAACUUUGCUCUAUCAGAUGCCUCGUCGGAGUACAUUCAACGUCGUAAGAUACAAAUGGCGCGGUUUUUCACAUUUUCUGCGCUCGCAAUAUUCACCACAAGAUUUAUUCAUAAACAAACCAUAAUAAGGCAGUACGUGCCAACGCUUUUCCAGCAAAACCACCAACCGCCAACGUCUUAUAAUUUCACUACGGAUGCUGCUGUAGCUGUUGGUGCGGGUACUUUAGCUUGUGGAACCAUCUCAGGGAUGAUGAUCUUUGGGUUAGCAUGGAUUUUGGAUGUGAGCAGUUUGAAAGAGUUUGGGUAUAGAAUGAAGGAGUUGAUGGGUGGUGAUGUCAAGGAGCGCGAAUUGAGUGAAAUGAGUAUUGAUGAAGAUGUAAGGUCCCUCCAAGAUGGGUUAAAUGACUUGAUUGAGGGUAAGUACGACUUUGAUAAAAUAGAAUGA